AAACAUAGAAUUCAUCAAAAAAACAAAAUUUUAAAACUUCAAGUUUACUGCUAAUGUCAGCACACGAUUGCUCUAAACUAGCAUUCUUAAGAUCUUAAGUAUUGAGAAAGAAUCGCUCUAUGAUUCUUAAAAGAAUUCUUAACAAAGCAAAAUUUAAUUUUUUUACAAAUCUCUUUCUCAAUCAAUUUCCAAAGAAAGUAAACAUUCAAAGGUUCUCACAAUCUGCAGUGAAAUUAAAGAUGAAUAAUAAUCCAUUAAACGAAUUUGUUUUGGAGUUGAAGACACCAUUUGAAGAACUUGAUUGUCGUGAAGCAUUUGAUGGUUUGACAGAAAAGGAACGAAAGUAUUUACAUUACUACUCAAAGGCAAGCUGGUAUGGAUCAAUGAUAUCCUUCAUUCAAACAUCUCCUGAAUCUCCUUUAAUAUUUCCAUUGCUUCAUCAAAUAUUCAAUGAGGAAAAUGUUGAAUCGCUUCGUAACUCAACUGCCGGUAAAGUCACAUCAGAUGAUUUCCUGGCUUUCAUCAUUUACUCAUGUGGUGUUUUUGCUAAUGCUGGUAAUUACAAAGGUUUUGGUGAUACAAAAUUCAUUCCAGGAUUGAAUGAAGCAAAUAUGGAAUUAAUCAUCAGUUGUUCAAAAGCUUAUCAGAAGAACAAAAUUGAAAUUGAUCAUUUAUGGAAUUUAGCUAAAAAGUCAAUAUAUUCAUUAAGUGAUAAUAUCAAAUCACUAGGAUUGAAAGGUGCUGGAAUCACGACAUAUUUCUCCAGUAAUUGUUCUAAAGAUGACGCAGAUUUAGUCACGGAAUGGAUGAAAACAAAAAAACUUGAAGCUUACAUAAGUCGAACAUUCAAAACCAUCGACUCAAAUGGUAAAUCAAAUUAUGAGGUUCGUUUAGCAUCAGCUGAUCAUGGAGAAGCUAAAGGAAUAACAAUAGAUGAAGAAGAAUUCAAAGGAUCAAACUUUAAAGUUGUUCGAGGUGAUUACAUGAGACUUCUUCCUUAUGUCAUUGAAAAUUUAAAGAAUGCUUGUGAUUAUGUUGCUAAUGAUGGUCAAAAGCAAAUGUUGGAAAACAUCAUAGAGUCAUUCAAGACAGGAAGUUUAGAUGCACAUAAAAAAGGUUCAAGAUUUUGGGUGUUAGACAAAGAACCAGCAGUUGAAGCUUAUAUUGGUUGGAUGUUUACUUAUCGUGAUCCAGCUGGUGAACGAGGUGAAUUUUUUGGUUGGACUUCGAUGAUGAAUAGAAAGCAAUCAGAAAAGUUUCAAAAUAUGGUACAAAAUGCUGAAAAGUUUCUAGUCGAACUUCCAUGGCCAAUGACAUUUGAAAAAGAUAAAUUUUCAAAGCCUGAUUUUACAUCUAUUGAUGUGAUGGCAUUUGCUGGUUCUACAGUGCCAGUUGGCUUGUCAAUUCCCAUAACUUAUGAAGAGUUGCGACAUAAAGAAGGAUUUAAAAAUCUCACUUUGGGAAAUGUCUUGAAUACUCGAUUUAAAAGCGACAAUCAUUCAUUUCUCAGUAAAGAUGACCAAGAAUUGAUGAAGAAAUUUAAAUCAAAGUCAUUUGAAGUUCAAGUCGCUUUACAUGAACUUCUGGGUCAUGGUUCAGGAAAACUCUUUAGGAUUGAUGAAGAAGGGAAAUUGAAUUUUGAUAAAGAAAUCGUCGUAAAUCCUUUGACAGGAAAGCCAAUUGACAAAUGGUAUGAACCUGGUGAGACAUUCGAUUCAAAGUUCAAAGCAAUGGGAUCAAGUUAUGAAGAAUGUCGUGCUGAAAGUGUUGCUCUACAUCUUUGUUUCAAUCGUGAAGUCAUGAAGAUAUUGGGACACACAGAUGAGAAAGAAAUUGAAGACUUGAUUUAUGUCGGAUGGUUGUUGAUGAUUUAUGCAGGUGCUGGUCGUGCUACGGAAAUGUGGAAUCCAACAACAAAGCAAUGGGGACAAGCACAUAGUCAAGCACGUUUUGCAAUCAUGAAAGUUCUUUAUGAAGCUGGCGUCUUUACAAUUGAAGAAACUGAACCAGGAAAAAUGCUCAGAAUAAGUUUGAAACGUGAAAUGAUUUAUACAGUUGGACGUAAAGCCAUUGCCGAAUUUCUAUUGAAGCUUCAAGUCUUUAAAUCAACUGCGGACUAUGAAGGUGCCAAUAAUUUAUAUGAAAAGUAUUCAACAGUUGAUGAACAAUUCGCUAAAUGGCGUGAAAUUGUUUUACUUAAUAAACAACCAAGACUGAUUCUCAUUCAAGCCAACACAACAAUUGUUGAUGAUAAAGUUCAGUUGAAGACUUAUAAUGGAAGUUGUGAUGGAUUUAUUGAAUCAUGGCGUGAUAGAUUUGGAGCAGAUGCAACUGAUCUUCAUAAAAUCAUGUUGGAAUGCUGGGAAAAUGAUAAAAAAUAUUUUGAAUAAAACUCUUGUAUUAUCUGCAUUGUUAAUGGUUUUAUUAAAUUAAUUUUCUUUUUUUUGUUUUAAAGUUUCAUCAUUUUUAUAAACAUUUCAAUGCUCUUAACAAUUAAUGAUUCAUCCCAAUAAAGAAGAGUUUCAAUUCAAUUAAAUUAAAGAGUAUAUUUUCAAUGAACAUCAUGAGUUCCUCCCACGCAUUAUAUAUGUGUGGAUGAACGUCUCACGAUAAAUUCGUCCUUAAACUUCUAAAGGAUUAGUUUACUCAUCAUCAUCAAUGUGGAUUAAGAUUUUUUUUUAUCUUUUCAUUCAUUUUUUUUGUUCAUUUCAUUCUGUCGUAUCAUGCAUGGGGUCAUGAAAAUUGAGAUGAAAAACAAUGAAAAGUUUCCUUUGUUCUUCUUGUUUUUUCCUUUAAUUAUUAUUUAAAUUUUCAUGGAAACGAAACGCUUUUUUUCCUUAUUCUUAACGACUAAUCAAUUCAAUUGGAAAAUACAAUUAUUAAUCAUAAAAACUUUUCAUUAACUUACAGUUUUUCUUUUUUCUGCAUGACAUCAGCAGAGAAAUUUUCUUUUUUUUUGUGUUAACAGUUACAUCAAUAAUAAGAUUUUUCAUUCUUUUAUCUCACAAAAACUUUUGUGAAUUUUUCAUCAUUUGAUUGAAAAAAAUUAAAAGUGAUAACGAGAAUCGAAUAAC